AUGCCCCUAAAAAGGACACCCCCAAAAACACCACAUAUAAAUACUGAAUCGGAUGCUAAUCCAAGUUCCGCUCCUGUUACGGAUACCGAAAACGAGGGCUCCACUAGCGCCACAAGUAAGCCAAGGGCACGGAAACGCCCACACGGCGAAGAAAUGUCCACCUUUAUGUCGGAGAUGAGAACAAACAUGGAAACAUUUAAAAAACAGCAAGAUACAAUUCAAGCCUGUAUUAAGGAUGUUCAGCAACAGAAUAUUGAUCUAAUCAAAUCAAUGGAGUUUAUCUCGUCCCAAUACGAGGAAAUGAAGGAGAAAUUGACAAAAAUGGAAACAGAACGAAGAGACCAUCUAUCGUAUAUACAGACUUUAGAAUCUAAAGUGGAAAAUUUAGAAAGAAUCGGAAAGCAGUCUGGUCUGGAGAUCCGUAAUAUACCUAUGAGCAAAAAAGAAACAAAGGAGGACCUUCUUAAUUUGGUUAAAAAAGUAGCUGAUACAGUAAAUGUUUCCUUCGAGCAGUCCAUGGUACGAGAUGUUUUCCGCCCACAUUCAAAUAAGGGAGAAGCUAAGCCUAUAAUUAUUGACUUCACGUCUGUUCUUAUAAAGGAAAGUAUCCUAACUUCAGUAAAGUCUUACAACCGGAAGAACAAGGACAACAAAUUAAAUACUGAAUUGAUACAGCUUGAAGGGCAGAAGAAACCGAUCUUCAUUGCUGAAUGUCUCACUUUGUCAGCUAAGAAAAUGUAUUUCCUGGCAAGAGAUUUCAGCAAAACUAAUAACUAUGCAUAUUGCUGGACUUCUCAUGGCAGAGUUUUUCUACGCAAAAGAGAAGGCGCUCCUGCUCGCUGUAUCAGUAAAGAAUCAGACCUUUUGUAUUUGCAAUCUCACCCUGAUUUGUGA